ACUCGAACGCGACCGGAUCGCGAUUUUGAUUUCUGGUGGAGCACUCGUAGCGUGUGUCGCCGAUUCGCAUUUACUGUGCCCGGCUUGGUCAAGGGAACCAAGAGUGGACGGCUGAAAGCAGUCAACCGAACUACAACCAGAGUGAAUAGUACCGCGAUUGAGUGUGAAGUGAAGUUUUGAUUUAUCUUGUGCUUGCACGGUGCUGCGGGAGUGAAGGUCGACUCGGCCAGAUCUGAUGUUGAUUUAUGUUUAAUGCAUUAGCUUGAAACGAAAGUAAGAGUGUACAUGAUUGGCGUUUUAGGCGGUGGAUUCAGCGCAAUCACGAAUCUGUAACGUGAAUAGUGGGUGGUUAUUAAACCGAAAGUCUAAGAGGCGUGCGGUGCUAUUUGAUUUAGACUAGCUGUGAUUACCCGGAAGCUGGUUGGAAGGUAGUAGAUAAAAUGACAGCAGUAACGGAAUCGAAGAAAAGUGACUCGAAAUGGAACCUGGAUCCAGUGCAGAGGGCCAUGGGCCAGCUCGGCUGGUGGCACAUCAUGGUCUGUGCCGUGGUGUUUCCGCUAAAGUUCCCGGUGGCGUGGCAUCAGAUGGGAAUUAUCUUUCUGGGAGCGGCCAUGAACUACACCUGCGCCUCCAACAUCACCCUGGAUCGAUGCUCCAAGCAGUGCACCAGUUGGGAGUACGAUACCAGCGUGUUUAGCUCGACCAUCGUGAGCGAGUGGGAUCUGGUGUGCGAGAAGGCCCAUCUAGCCAACCUGUCGCAGACGAUCUUCAUGUUCGGAAUCCUGGUUGGCGGGGUACUAUUCGGGACGUUGGCUGAUAAGUUUGGACGGCGGCCUCCAUUGGUUAUUGCGGUUAUAAUUCAACUUGUAUCAGGUGUUGCAACUGCUUACAUUCCAUGGUUUUGGGGAUUCGUUGUGCUACGCUUCAUUACGGCCGUUGCCACCGGCGGUACUAUGGUUACCAGUUUCGUCCUCAUCAUGGAGAUCAUCGGUCCGAAAUGGCGUGAAUUAUUCUCAGUCCUCUACCAGAUCCCGUUCAACCUGGGCCACUUAACGCUGGCAGUUUUCGCAUACUUUCUGCGUGACUGGCAUCAGCUGCAGUUUGGUUUAUCAAUCUACUCAGUACUGCUGCUCUCGUACUAUUGGCUUGUUCCAGAAUCACCUAGAUACCUGUUCACUUCUGGCGAUACGGAAGGAGCAGCACGAGUGUUGGAAAAGGCAGCUAAAUGUAACAAGCUACCUUCGGAGAACAUUCAAAGUGACUUGGACCAGUACGCAAAAACCAAAAACAUUGGAACAGUAUCUAAGGGCAAUGUAAUUGAUCUGUUCCGGACACCAAACAUGCGUGCAAAGUCGUUGUUCAUGUGUUUUAAUUGGUUUGUUUGCGGGUUGGCUUUCUUCGGUGUUGCGCAGUAUGUUGGGCACGCCGGAGGCAAUAUCUAUGCCAAUGUUGCAAUCGGAGCGGCACUGGAACUUCCAGGAACAGUUCUCUGUAUCUAUAUGAUGAAAGCUUACGGUCGUAAGAAGACGUUGAUCAUUUCCAAUACACUGACUGGACUAACGAUGCUAGCUAUAGCGUUUGUACCGGAGAGUCUCACCUGGUUGAAUGUCGGUCUUGCUUCCAUCGGCCUGGUGGGUAUGAGUAUAUCAUUCCCAACGGUAUACCUGUAUGCUGGAGAACUGUUUCCGACGGUUGUCCGAAAUGUUGGAAUCGGUACUGCUUCGAUGAUUGCGAGAAUCGGAUCAAUGCUAGCCCCGUUCGUAGCGGGAAUGGGCGUUGUUGCUCACUGGUUACCACCGGUGAUCUUCGGUCUCACACCACUAGUUGGUGCCUUCUUUGUAUUUUUCCUACCGGAAACGCAGGGAGCACCAUUGCCGGAAACCAUUGAGGAUGGUGAGAACUUUGGCAAGCGACAAAAGACGCCAGCAAGUGUUGAGGAUCCUAAGCUCUAAAUGUUUCUCUAUGGUUACCAGAGUUGUUUUUGGUAACAGGUCGCAUCUGCCUGACGGAAGUAGCACGUGUCUUACUGUCCUAUAAAACGUAAGUCUCCGUGGGACUCGUUUUGUUUUUAAUACUAUUUACUUGUACUAGAGAUUUUUAUAAGCAAAUCAGUGUAGCAAGGACGCAUGUCCUAUAUUUACGCGUAUAAAAGACGAUUUAUAGAAUGAUCCAAUGCCAAAAAAGUCCAUAUGCGAAUGAUAUUUUUGUGUAAGUUUUCGAACAAUAAAAAAUACUGACAUAACAAUUAUUACAAAC